AUGCAGGCUUCAGGAUUAGAGGAGCGCAAGAAGGCGCUGGAGAAGAAAUUUGUGGAAAAGCGCCCACCUCUGGCUUAUGCCAAGCUUAGCGGACGUGUAGAGGGCGAUACGCCUUUUGAAAAGCUAAUUACUCAUCUUCCAGCAGAGCUUGGGCGUGGACCAGUUUCGCCGUUACCUGACCACCGCAUCACGCUUGGGGAGCAAAAGGCAAUUUCUCGCUUGCACGCGCGCAUCCAGUGGAACCAAAGUGAAAGCUGUUUUGAGUUGCAAUGUCUCGGCAAGAAUGGGAUGUUCGCAGACGGAAAGUUUGUGAGUAAGAAUCAGACUAUAAAGCUUAGUUCAAAAAUGCCGCUUAAAAUUGGCCAUGCUCGAGUAUAUUUUCUCUGUGCUAUUCGCUCCACUAUAAGCACCAUGAGUGGAUACAAGAUAAUUCAGAAGGCAUUUGAAAAGGCCAAGUAUCACAAAGGGGUAAUAACCAUGACGGCAGACCAAGUAUGUGACCAAAUUCUGGAAAGUUUUCCUAAGAGUGAGCAAGAACUUGGUGGAAGAGAUCAUCUGCGAAAUUUUAUCAUCUCGUACUUGCAAGAAGACACUGCGGCAUUUGAGUGCGUUGAAGGAGCAGGAUCGUCAAACCCAGUUUAUACAAUGAGAUCAGCGACGGGUGUCACCGACACCAAGAAGAUAAUUGCAGUCGAUCCAUCGCCGAAGCCUGAGGAUACUAGUAUGGCACCUCAAAAGAAGCAAAAGAUUUCUCCAUAG